GAAGUCAAAGGUGCUCUUUUCAGCCUUCCACCAGAUAAUUCUCCUGGUGAAGAUGGUAUGACUGCCAGAUUCUACCAACAUUUCUGGGAUCUGAUCAAACCAGACCUAAUGAGUGCUGUGACUAGUUUCUUUCAUUCAGGUAUGAUUCUCAAGUAUUGGAACCAUACAGUGGUAUCUCUUAUUCCCAAAUGUGAUAAUCCUGAUACUUUGAAUCACUACAGACCAAUUAGCCUCUGCAUUCUCAUGAACAUAUUAGAGCAAUACAGGUUGUUUACAGGUCAAACUGUCAAUCUUCAAAAAUCUGCUAUAUUUUUCAGCAAGAAUACCCCUCAGAAUAUUCAGACUGCCAUUUGUGGAGCAAUGAAUGGAAUUACAUCUCACAGAUCAACCAAAUACCUUGGUCUUCCACUGGGGAUUGGCAAGUCCAAGAAGGAA